AUGAACUUUUCCGAACAGAAUCCUUUAGUACUUUCAACUAAUCGUACAACAAAAGUAAUGAUAAUUACUGAUGAUGAAUCGAUAUUAAAUAAAUUAGACUUGAAUCCAGUUAAUUUAACAACUAAUAAAGAUGUCGAAACGAUAGUAGUUGAUUUAGCUUCAAAUAUUGAUGAUAAUACAAUGGAAUUAGAACUUUUAUCAGAGUUAUCUCGACGGAAUGGAAUAAAUGGGCCUAACUACAAGCAAAUAUUCAAUUUACCAGUAAAAAGUGAUGCGAGUUCGAAACGUACUCAGAUACAAACAAUUAAUAAUCCAACAGUUUUAUCGAAUAUGACCGCGAGAACAACGACAAGAAAGAGAAAAGCUGAUUUAACUUGUGUUGAACAAUCACAAUGUAUUGGUGAUAUAUCAAGAAAAUGUAAUAUUUCGAAUGAGAUAACUCGAAAAUGUAAACGUUGUCGAUUAGAACAAUGUUUUGCUGUGGGUAUGAGAAAAGAUUAUAUUUUGACGUCAGAAGAAAGAUUAUUGAAAAAGAAAUGUAUUGAAGAUAAUAGACGUUUAAAACAGAUGCAAAAUAAUGACAGUAACAAUCAUAAACAACAACAACAAAUCAAUUCGCAGGUGACAGAUGACAUGACUGUUAAUAUUCAGUCGUCGAAUUUGUCGAAUAAUUCAUUAUUAAGUGUUCAAGACUGGACUCAAUUAUGUCAUCUUCAAAUAUCAUAUUUAAGCGCAUCUCAAUCUACUUUAUUACCUUUUCCACCGUUUCAAUUAACUGAUAAAAUGUCAGCAAUGGUUCAUACAAUUGAUAUUCAAAAUUUUGUUGCAUUAAAACUCAUCACCUAUUUAAAAUCUGUACACGAAUUUGAACAACUCGAUGAAAAUGAUCGUUUAACAUUGGUCAAAUAUAAUUUACCAGGUCUAUUUAUGUUAUGUGCAACGUUACAAUAUGACGAUGUUCGAGAAAUAUUUACAGAACCAUAUAUUGAUGAACAAUAUGCACAACAUUGUAAAGAUUUGUUUAUCUAUUGUUACGGUCUUGAAUUUCAUCAAGGUCUCGUUAAAAUAAUACGUUUAGUUGUCGAUUUAACUGCACGUGAUCCGGUUAUUGUUGAAUUACUCUUGGUAAUUCUGAUAUUUACCAAAGGCUUAUCUGCUCAUAAUGCUUAUUCAGUUGAACCUAUCUUAUCAAAUUCAUCUCAAGUCUACCAGGCUCAAUGUAAAUAUACAAGUCUUUUGUGGCGUUAUAUGCUACAAAAAUAUAAUUUAUCAUUAACAAUACAUAAAUUUUCCU